UGUGAAUGUGAAAUCGUCAUGACAACAGUUUCGUCAACCUGCAAAAAAUAUGUUUAAGGUAAAAAGAUAAUUAUAAAAUGGUGUUCUUCAAUAUUUGGUCAGUACUACAAUGGUAUUUGAGACCUUUAAUUAAAUGGUUUCUGAGAAAAACAACAGGACUAUGUGAGUUACAAAGGAUAUGCUAUGGCGAUAAACCAGGCGCGGAACGGACGAGCAAUGUGGAAAGAUCUCUGAUGCUAUCCCGUACUAAAGACGUAAAGGAAGUAGUCUCAUAUUUAGAUACAAUAGUAUAUCAGCGACGGUUUAUUCCCUCUAACUUUCCCGAAAUAUUAAAUCCAUCUGUGGCUAUAGUUCUCAGAGUGAAAAAAAUUAAUCCAAAACUGCAUGAUUUAUUCAUUGUAUCAUUUCGGCGAUGCUUGGAACAAAUUUGGAGCUACAAAAUGUUAGUUCAAGAUGUAGAAGAAAUGCGUAAGACUCCAUAUGAUUGUAUGAUUCCUGAUCAUGAAGAGAAACUUUUGAAACUUUGGAAUUUAUUGGUACCCAAUGAAGACCUGGAGAGUAGAGUGACUAAGCAAUGGCAGUACAUAGGAUUUCAGGGUGAUGAUCCCAAGACUGAUUUCCGUGGCAUGGGUUUGCUUGGAUUGGAAAACUUGUUGUUUUUUGCUUCAGAGUAUCCACAGGCUGCAAGUCAUGUUCUCAGCCAUUCACAUCAUCCGAAAUAUGGCUACACCUUUGCAAUUGUGGGCAUUAACCUAACUUCCAUGGCAUAUUAUUUACUGAAGGACGGCUCCGCUAAAACUUACAUGUUUAAUGCUAAACAGUACUUACCAAACAUGAAUUUGUUUCACAGAUUUUACUGUUACCUUUUCUACGAAUUUGACAAAAUGUGGAUAGAGUCAAAGCCUGAAAAUAUGAUGGAAUUUUCAAUAAUAUUCAAAAGGUUUGAAGAUUCUGUCAGAACUGAGUUAGCUGAUCCUGCUUCAGUAUUUAGAAUCAACAUACAAGUUGACACAAUAUAACAAUGAUCUGUUGUUAGUCUAAUUUUUUUAUAAAGUUUUGGUACUUUAACUUAACUUAUUUAUUUAUUUUUUACCCUUUUUUAAGUGUGAGUGGUGUGAUGUUGAGUGCAAGUUCUUGCCACAUUGCCUUGAUAAAACUAUUGAUUCAUUCAGUGUUUACACAAAUCAAGAAGGCCUACUAACAGAGACAGAGAAAGUUGAGUGUUCAUGGUAGGUCUUAAAUGUUUGCUGUUGUACCUUACAUUUCAAAACUUUUAAUUCUCCUAUCUAACACAAUCUGGAUUUUACAAAACUUUUAUAUAUGUAUUGCUAGAAUCACUGCACUGUUUUAUGAAAUUCAUUUUGUUUGACCAACACUUAAUGUAUAAUUAAUCCUCAAUUUAUUAGUGUGGUGUUCAGUACAUAUUUUGGUUUGAGCACAUAUUUUAGGUGCACAACUUAAUGUUUAUCUAGUAUCCAUGGUUGGAUAAAUUGGUACAUAUUAGCAGUACAUGGUAAAUAAAUAGGGAUGGGUAUUUUGUGACUUUACAAAACACAUUUUUAGAUGAUGUGUUGUGUUUGUCCAGGUUUGCAUUAAUUGGUGUUUCAAUGACAACUGCUUUAAUGUAUGUUUUUUAUACGCAAAAUAAAUGCCACAUAAUAUUUUA